AACAACGGUAUGCUAUUGCUCAGAGGUUUCCAAGAUGGCGAAGAAAACUCAGGCAGAGAAAGCGGCACAAAACGAGGAGACCGCUAAAAGCAACGACGAUCCGAUGAACGACGAUGAGGAGCCCAAUUUCAGCGAUCCCGAAGGCUUCGUAGAUGAUAUUACCGAUGAAGAGUUGCUUGGUGAUAUCUUGAAGCAGAAACCAUCGGAAACAGAUGGGGUAGAAUCCGUGAUUGUCGUGGAUAAUGUACCUCGAGUGGAACCUGAUAAAUUGGAGAAACUUCAAUCUGUUAUCAACAAGGUGCUAGGAAAAUUUGGUACAAUUGUCAACCAGCACUAUCCGAUGAAUGAAAACGACGGCAAGACUAAAGGAUACAUUUUUCUGGAAUACAACAAUCAUUUGAAUGCCCUAUCGGCGGUCAAAUCCACCAAUAAUUACAAAAUCGACAAAUCGCAUACAUUUAAGGUUAAUCUUUUCACGGACUUCAAAAAAUAUGAGGAUAUCCCCGAAAACUGGGAACCGCCGUUAGCUCAGCCGUUCAAGUCUGCCAGUGACUUGCACUACCAUCUGCUGGAACCGGAUGCUUAUGAUCAGUUUUGUGUUCUUUGUGGCAAUGGAGCGGGUGUGUCAGUGCAAAUUUGGCAAAACUCUGCACCAGAGCCUACUUUACUUGAAGAACGUAAUCGCUGGACAGAGACAUAUGUAAAAUGGUCGCAGCUGGGCACGUAUCUAGCAACGUUCCACAAGCUGGGAGUCGCACUAUGGGGUGGGCCGCAAUUCACCCAACAGGCCAGAUUCAGCCAGCGAGGCGUCGAGUGCAUUGAUUUUUCGCCCUGCGAGCGUUAUCUGGUCACCUACACCCCGCGUACCGAUCUCGGACAAGAUCAAAAGCGUCUGGUGAUCUGGGAUAUUCUGUCGGGCCAAGAGAAACGAUCCUUUUUUCCCGAUGGAUCUUCUGUCUGGCCAAUCUUCCGCUGGUCGCAUGACGAUAAAUAUCUAGCGCGCAUGGGAGAAGAUGUUCUUAGCGUUUACGAGACUCCAUCAUUUGGUCUACUGGAUAAGAAGAGCAUUAAGAUACCAGGAAUCAGAGAUUUUAGUUGGUCCCCAACGGACAACAUUCUCGCUUACUGGGUGCCAGAGGACAAGGACGUCCCGGCUAGGGUAACUCUGCUCGAAAUCCCCAACCGUAAUGAAAUAAGAAAUAAGAACCUGUUCAAUGUAGCCGACUGCAAGAUCUUUUGGCAAAAAUCUGGCGAUUAUCUGUGCGUAAAAGUCGAUCGCUUUGCCAAGCGCAAAGAAAAAACGGAACAAAAGUACACGGGUAUGUCGUACAACUUUGAAAUCUUCCACAUGAGAGAGAAACAGAUUCCCGUAGACAGCGUGGAAAUAAAGGAGCCGAUUCAUGCUUUUGCGUGGGAGCCGGUCGGGAGCAAAUUUGCCAUCAUCCAUGGGGAAAUACCAAGCGUGAAUGUCAGUUUUUACGAAGUACGAUACGGUCACCAGCCCGCCCUUCUCAAGAGAUUAGAGAAGAAAGCUUGUAAUCACUUAUUUUGGUCGCCAUCGGGUCAGUUUAUCGUCCUAGCUGGCCUCACAACGAUGGCUGGCGCUCUGGAAUUUAUUGACACCAACGAUUUUACCAUCAUGAACUCCACUGAUCAUUAUCAAACUUCAGACGUGGAAUGGGAUCCUACCGGCAGAUACGUCGUCACGGCAGUGUCCAGUUGGAAGACCAGCGUUGACAAUGGUUACUGGAUAUGGACGUUCCAGGGCCGUAUUUUAAAGAGAGUCAACCUGACCGCGUUUAACCAACUGCUAUGGCGACCGCGGCCACCGACCCUGCUCACCGCAGAGCAGAUAAAGGAGAUAAAAAAAAACCUGAAGAAGUAUUCGGCGCAAUUCGAGAGCAAAGAUCGCAUGCGAUUGACACGCGCUUCAAAGGAGUUAAUUGAGAAGCGUUGCUUGUUGAUGAAGGCGUUUGAAGAGUAUCGUACAAAACGUAUUGAAGAGUGGAAUAAUCAGAAGAAACGUCGUCUUGAAUUACGUUGCAAUAUCGACACCGACGAGUUAGAUUCUGAUUCGAAAAAUGUAGAAGAGGAGGUCGUGGAAUUUUUCGUGAAAGAAGAAACAUUUGUGAUCGACGAUAAAUAAAAUUUCACCGGAUAACUGUUAAUUACCGCGCGCUGAUUGCUGGUCUUGGAAAUCUCUACAAAACAGCGGUCGAUUUCCAUCUACAAAGUGUCGCAAUAUUAAUCGUCGUCGUUGUCACCAUCAUCAUCGAUAAUUACAAUUGAAUUAUUGCAAUUAUCUUGAUCUGUGAAUCAUGAGUGGAUUCAACAGACAAUCAUUCUUGUACUAUUACUACUGUAUCUGGAUUAAAGUCACUUUCGCGUGUUCGACGUUGCGCAAAAAGCGACGGCACCGUAAUAAUAUUAAAUUCUAUCAUAUCCCUUACAGGAUAGCCCGCGAGAAAAUAAUUGCGCCACCGAAUUUACAGUUUGCUCUGUCUGUUAUUAACUUACAAAAUAAAAUGCUAAUUUAUCCUUU